AUGUUGGCAAUCAGUCGGGAAUUAUUGGGAGAAAAAGGUAAAGCAAUUUUAACAUUGAGUAUAGGGCCAUAUAUCAGCCCGGUAGUACCUACAGAAAUAGGUCUGCUUCGUCGAACACUUUAUCGUUACAUUAACCUGAUAUACCAAUCGUUGUAUCCUCCUCCCAUCUCAGAAGUGGUUGUGCCAUCUCCUGACUCUGUGGUGGCGGUAACCCCUCCGGUCACAGAGGUGGCUGUGCCCUCUUUUGACUCUGUGGUGGCGGUACCCUCUCCUGUCACAGAGGUGGCUGUGCCCUCUCCUGACUCUGUGGUGGCGGUAACCCCUCCGGUCACAGAGGUGGCUGUGCCCUCUUUUGACUCUGUGGUGGCGGUAACCCUUCCUGUCAAAGAGGUGGUUGUGCCCUCUCCUGACUCUGUGGUGGCGGUACCCUCUCCUGUAACAGAGGUGGUUGUGCCCUCUCCUAACUCUGUGGUGGUGGGAACCCCUCCUGUCACAGGGGUGCUUGUGUCCUCUCCUGACUCUGUGGUGGUUGGAACUCCUCCUGUCACAGAGGUGGUUGUGCCCUCUCCUGAGUCUGUGGUGGUGGGAACCCCUCCUGUCACAGAGGUGGUGGGAACCCCUCCUGUCACAGAGGUGGCUGUGCCCUCUCCUGACUCUGUGGUGGUGGGAACCCCUCCGGUCACAGAGGUGGCUGUGCCCUCUCCUGACUCUGUGGUGGUGGGAACCCCUCCUGUCACAGAGGUGGCUGUACCCUCUCCGGACUCUGUGGUGGCGGUAACCCCUUCUGUCACAGAGGUGGUUGUGCCCUCUUCUGACUCUGUGGUGGCGGUAACCCCUCCUGUCACAGAGGUGGUUGUGCCCUCUUAUGACUCUGUGGUGGCGGUACCCUCUUCUGUCACAGAGGUGGUUGUGCCCUCUCCUGACUCUGUGGUGGUGGGAACCCCUCCUGUCACAGAGGUGGCUGUGCCCUCUCCUGACUCUGUGGUCGCGGUAACCCCUUCUGUCACAGAGGUGGUUGUGCCCUCUUCUGACUCUGUGUUGGCGGUACCCUCUCCUGUCACAGAGGUGGUUGUGCCCUCUCCUGACUCUGUGGUGGCGGUACCCUCUCCUGUCACAGAAGUGGUUGUGCCCUCUCCUGACUCUGUGGUGGUGGGAACCCCUCCUGUCACAGAGGUGGUUGUGCCCUCUCCUGACUCUGUGGUGGUGGGAACCCCUCCUGUCACAGAGGUGGUUGUGCCCUCUCCUGACUCUGUGGUGGUGGGAACCCCUCCUGUCACAGAGGUGGUUGUGCCAUCUCCUGACUCUGUGGUGUCGGUACCCUCUCCUGUCACAGAGGUGGUUGUGCCACUCCGGGUUCUGUGGUGA